CGUCACUGAACCCCCUGUGGAGCGUGGAGCGUGCGGAACGACAACCGAAAGCUUGGGGAUGUUUCCGCUUGAGCUUCUGCUGGAGAACAACGACCCUUCUUGGCUUCUGCCAUUGUUCAAUACCGACAUCAUCGCCCUCUUCCCGCAACCUUCCAAGCCAUCCAUUUCACCCGUCUCACUUACGCGCCACCUGCGAAACCACUCAGUUAUCGUCUUGGGUGAUCCGACAACGCCACGGCCUGUGCGACCUCUCCGCACGGCUUUGCAAACAAUUCAUGAACCGCCCCAUUGACAGCAACAAAAAGUAAACCUGCUCGACACCUCGCUUUAUCUUUUCCCAUCCACAACGGCCGCACUCGACCAACAUAUCAUCUGCUUUCUUUACUACCCGACGUGUACCAGAUUCCAACACCCCUCCGGCAACCGCGACCAGAAUCUUGACCUGCUAUCCCCGAUAACGACCACCUACGUGCAUCCAACCUUCCUGGUCCUCUCUUUGCGCAAGGCCGAAACCUUUCCCCCGCUUCUAGCGUCCCAGAUACUGCGAUGACGGAGACUGCGACUACUUCUCAUGGUCGAUCAGGUCGACGACGGCCGUUCUCCACGUUAAUGAAGAAACUGGCCAACCUGAAAUCUUCCUCCAAUGGUGAGGGUCACCGACACACAAAAGACAGCGCAAAACUGCGCCCAUCCAAGAACAACAACCCAUACCCCGAGUCCGGUCGCCUUCCGCCUGCUACCACGAAUAGAGAGAGCCAGUACACAGAAUCCACGGAUCCUAGCAGAAGAUCAUUCAGCAUUGUGUCGGGCGAUCAAAAUGCUUCAGUCAGAAUAUCCGACGAGGGGCAACCACCACCCACAGUGGGAGCUCGCUCCAUGGCACCAACCGUAUCGACCGAGCACGACACAUCACGAUCAAUGACGGCGACGUCGCGCGGAGUACCAUCAAUCACCAACACAACCUACACUGUGAACGGCCGGCGAGGCGGCGAUAGCACCUUCUCAUCCCCGGCGCCUUCCGUCAGGUCUUUAACCACAACCCUCACAACAAUCCAAACCGCGGCGCCAAACACGGCCGGCGGUGGCCCCCAAAACACAACCCCAGCCAGCAACGGCAACCAAUCCAACUCGCACAUCAUUCACUUCAACCAGCCCUUUCCGACCGCCUCCCCCGCCUCCGCUAUCCCCGCCCACCUCGCAACCGCCAGCGCCAAUUCCACCACGGGCCACCCGACAACCUAUCACACCGCCACAGCUAACAACCUCCUCACCGACAACGCUUCCAUCCUCACACUUGCCUCCUCCUCCAAGCGCGGCCGCCGCCGUUCAUUCGACACAGACGCCUCGGUGCGGGCGCUGGCUCCUUCGUCUCUGUGGGGAGGAAGCAGGGAAUCCCUGCCAUUGAGCGUGCUAAGCGCCAACUUGGAAAAUCCCGGCAUCCCCACCACCCCGGGGCUCCACAGGACGGGGACCGGUGGGGUCGGAGGUGAGCGGGCGAGCAUCUACAGUGCCACGACGGGGAAUUUCGGGGUGAGCAGUGAGAGGAAUAGCUUUUAUGCGAAGCAGGGCCUUGGAAGUGUGGUUGGUGCUGAUAGGGAUACUGCCAGUGUGAGGAGCGGGCUGUUGGGACAUGGGAGGGCGGAGAGUAUCAAUGGGAGUAUUGGGUUUGGGAGGGGGGAUAGUGCUGUGGCCGCGGCACCGAGUCCGUUGACGAGUGCGAGGGAGGUGCAGGGGUAUGUUGAGGAGGGGGGGAGUGGGAGUGCUGGGGCUGGGACUACCAAGGAGUAAAGGGGUCAUGACAUGAAAGGGGGAUGGGACAGCGGCUUGUGUUUCUUUGGGGGCAAGGGAGGUAGUCUGGAGUUUUUCGUUUCACGCGUUGCAUUUUGUCUCGUUUCAUGGCAACGAAUAGCAGGAUAGGAAAGUGGGCGGUAAUGGUGUUUUCCUUGGGUUUUUGUCGUCUCUCGGUUUGUGUUCUCUCUCAAUUUCAGUUUCAGUAUCGAUAUCCAUUCCUGUUUUUGUUUCUUUCAUGACUUUUUAUCAAAACAGACAAAUAGCAAGGAUUGCGCAAGCAUUUUCUUUCUACUCGACGGGGUUGACUUGUUUGUUUGUUUCUUCAUUUCUCGAGUUUAUACAAAGAUGAAAACCCAUGAUACCCCAGCGCUGUCAAAAAAAUACAAUUACACAAAAACCUAUUGAUUUCAUGAAUUUAGCCCAGGG